AUGAAAAUCUUUGAAAAACAAGAACAUUCAAAAGGUGGACAAAAAGAAAGAUGUUUACAACUUGCCAGAUCGGCGGUGGAAGCCGAUCAGAAUAAAAACUAUACGUUGGCAUCGACAUUGUAUGAACAGGCUAUUCUCAAUUUGAAGUUGGCCAUCAUCAGUGAGAAAGACCCAGCAAAGACAGCGUUGAUCUCAUCAAAGGUCGAGGAGUACACACAACGUAACAAGUUCAUUAAGAGUAUGGCUCCGCAAAUGCCUGCUGCUCAACCAACUGCCGCACCACAAUCAAACAACUUGGCGUUCAAUUUCCCAUCGAUACCAUCCUCUGUUUCACCCGCUGUUGCCAAUACACCAGCAAACACAAUCCACUCAUUUCCACAACUACCUCAAACACAACCACAACCAACAUUCUCACAACAACCAUCAUUCCCACAAUUACAACAACCAUCAUUCCAACAACAACAACAGCAACAAUCACAAGCCAAUAUAUCAAGAUUAUCAUCUUUACAUUCUGGAGAUCAAUUUACACAGAAAUCAAAUAUGGGUAGAGUAGAAUCAUAUGAAAUAGCUACAAAUUUAGCAAUGAAAGGUAGAAAGGAAGAGGAAUCUAGAGAUUAUAAAAAGGCAAGUGAGUACUACCAACAAGCUUGUUCAUACUUUUUGAUUGCUAUCAAAUCUGAACCAGACUCUAUCAUUAAAAAGAGUAUUAGUGAUGAAGCAAAGAUCUAUUUAGAUCGUGUAGAAACUUUGAAACCAUAUAUACAACAACAAGCACAACAACAGCAACAACCAAUAUUUACAAAUACAACAACAACUGUUAGUAGUACAAGUAUAUUAGGUAAUUUCCCAACUGUAGGUGGUGGUGGUGGUAUGAAUAAUAGUAAUUCAGCUCUAAGUCAAUUCCCAUCCGUCGGUAGCAUGAACAAUAUGAAUAUAAUCAACAAUAAUAACAAUAACGGGCUGAAUGGAAGUGGUGGAUUCCCAAGAGUAGGUAGCUCAGGUAGUAUAGGAAGUAAUGGAUCCGGUGGAUAUGGAUCGCCAAUAGGAAAUGGCACUGGAAUGUUGAUGUCGCCAACCUCGACAGUUCCAUCGACAUUCACUGGUGGCGAUCGUUGUGCUGCCUGUGGUGCCACUCUCUCUACCAACAGCAUCAAAGCACUCGAGCGUUCAUGGCAUCCCGAGUGCUUCUCUGUGACCAUCAUUUGUGCCGGUUGUCAAAAGCCAUUCUCACUGGUCAAUCUCUCAUUGAAGGUCAAAGACAACCGUGCCUAUCAUCCACAUUGUUUCGAGUCCACCACCGGUCUCUACCAAGAGGAACGACGAACAUUCGUUGGCAAGUCCAAGGCACUGUUCUUCUCGAUCCAAUUACAGAGAAAGUUCUAUCGUGCCGGUGAAACUGUACAAUUUGCAUUUAUCAUUGACAAUCCAACUUCAAAGAAAGUCGACAAGGUCGUUGCCUACAUGCUCAUGACCGAGACGCGAAUGGAGAUUGUUGGAACUGCCUAUGAGAGACGUUCUCGAAAGACCGUUGCUAAGCUUGGUCGUUGCGAGUUCUUCCAAUCCACGAAAUUCCCACUCUCCAAAGACCGAUUCGAAGGUGACUUUUUCUUUUCGAUUCCACCCAAUGUAUUACCAUCGGAAGUAGCUGGUGUCGAUGCCAGCUUCGUUCGUGAGUAUCAGUUAGUAGUUAAAUGUGUAGGAUCAGUUCUCAAAGUAAUGAAAGUUAAACUUAGAUUCAAUUUAAAUAUAUUAGAAUCAAAGAAAUAA